GGAGCUACUGCUAAAGCAUAUACGAUGAUGUCUUUAUUUACCUACUCCGUCUCCUGCAACUUGUGGUUUUAAAUUUAGCAGCACUAGAUAUACUCUUUAUUUUAUUUUGAGGAUCAAUGAAGGAUCAACCAAACAGGACAGUGUCAGCUUGAGGUUUUUAAUAUAGUAUGAUAUAAGAAUGAAGCAACUUCUAAACUAUACUGUCUGCAUUUAAAUCAUGGAGGAUGCAAAAAGCAACAAUUCCAGCGAAAAGAAGUAUGAUGUUGAAAAUGGAAGCAUUAUUGGAGAUAGCAAUCGUGUUGAAUUUUGUAACAACAGCAGCAGGAGAAUUGUACCAGAACCAGUAGUGGCAGCUUCCAUGGAAACAAACAUGAAUAUUAAUCAGACUUACCAGCUUCCCUUAACCAAAGCUAAGAAAUAUCCAGCUGUGCAGACAUUUCUGUUGGCUUACCAAUCUCUUGGGGUUGUAUAUGGAGACCUAGGAACUUCUCCGGUCAACGUCUUUUCCUCUACUCGCUUGACAAAUCUAACUGAAGAUGAUCUACUCGGAACAUUCAGCCUAAUCUUUUGGACUUUAACGUUGCUCGUGUUAGUCAAAUAUGUCUUCAUCGUCCUCCAUGCUAAUGAUCAUGGAGAAGGCGGUACUUUUGCUCUCUAUUCAUAUCUUUGUCGCCAUAUCAAUCUUCGAAGCAAACUUACUUUCCACAGCGUUCGGAUGGAGUCUGAUGAGGGUAUGGCACAUUACAGCCAGGCCGAGAGUGGAAGUCCUCUGUGUUCAAAAACUAAGAAGUUCCUGGAGAGAAGUUCUGCAGCUCAAAAUUUUCUGACUUUUGUUGUUUUGCUUGGAACUUGUAUGGUCAUUGGUGAUGGAGCUCUCACUCCUGCUACUUGUGUUCUCUCAGCCCUCCAAGGAAUUCAAUCUCUCUCUCCCAAGAUANGAAAAAGAAAG